AUGGCGCCGGCCAAUGAUGCGGUGUUUUACCGCCGCAACAACCAGAUCCAGGAUGCCAUUGACGGCCAGAAUCUGAAGCAGGCGCUGCAGCUGAUUGAGAAACGCAUGAAGAAGGGCGAGGAUACGCGAUUCCUCAAGGCAUGGAAAGCACAUGUUCUUUUCCGUCAUGCGGAUGAAGCCCACCACAAGCGUGGUAUCGCCGAGACUCUCGAACUGUGCAAUGCGGAACCUCCCACCACCGACCUGGAUACGCUGGACAUGCUCCAUCGGACGCUGCAGAAGAUGGACGGUCAAGCACAGACAAGGAGCAAUCUGUGGGAGAAGGCGGCGAAGGCGCAACCGCAAGGGCUGGAGAUUCAAACGAGGUGGUUUACCUAUUCCUAUGAGGGUGACGACUGGAAGUCGGCGCAGAAGGCUGCCAUGAGCCUUCAGAAGAACUUUCCCAGGGAGCGGAAGUAUUAUUUCUGGGCCAUCUUCCUCUGUCACCUCGUUGCAAAUGAUUCUGCGAGCUCGGAUGCGGACCGCAAGCUCUUCGGAACGCUGGCCUAUCGCAUGAUCUCCAAGGCUGCUGCCGAUACUCCUGUCGAGCCGGUGGACACAUUGAGCAUGCCAAAAUCGAUUAAAACAGCGGAGGAGAUGCUCUUGCUCGUCAAAAUUUUCGAAACGCAGGGUCUUCAUUCUGAACUUCUGAAACUUCUGGACAGUAAAAACGUCGGCAUAUCCUCCCGCAUUGUGCAAAAUGACUGGACCUUCGUCGUCUCCAAGAUCAGCAACUUGGCAGCGGCCAAACUGUGGGAAGACGCAUUUGCCUAUAUCAAAGAUCUCCUUACUGCUCCUGAGCCAGUCGACACAGAGAGGUAUCUUCAGAAGCACGAUGAUUGGCAAGUCUGGGAAGUGUUGAUCCAAGCAGUGCGUAACAGCAAAACCCCAGGGCUUGCUGCCGAGUCCCUGAAGUUUGUUGAAGGCUUUAUUCAGCUCAACCCGAAGUCCCGCAACGGCCACCUUGUUCGCUUGGAACUAAUUCAGGGGAGAAUUGAUGUCGGCGAUAUGAAGCAAGAAGACAUGCUGUCUGCUUGUCAGUCAUACUUUGACGGCCACAAACACAAACUCUACGUCUUUGGUGAUCUUCGGGGGUUUCUGAGUUCUGCCAACCAAACGGUGGCAUCGAAGAUGGUGGAAUACGUUCUGAACAGUAAGGACAACGACGAGAAGACGAAUCACGUUUACAUGAUCAAUGCCCUCAAACUUGAAUACUGCUUCAACAUCUCAGGGAACGAGAGUGGCGUAUCGAAGGAGCAGAUCGAAGAGUUUGUUGUCCGCUGCUUGGAGCUGUAUGAGACGCUCUCCGGUUCAGGAAAAUCGGAAGAAACAACCAAGACGGAGGCUGGCUCGGCGCCAGCCACGGUUGAAAGCCAGCCGCGUGACGACCUGGGCAUUCUCGCUGCUAUGAGUUUGCUUUAUGGCGGACCCUCGGCACAAACUCAGAUCUCAAACACCGCACUCAUCCGCGCGGCUAGCAUCCUGGAACGCCUUCUUGACAACUCGCCUCACAACUACCAGGCGCUCCUGCUGCUGGUACGAGUUUAUCUCAGCCUCGGUGCGGGAUCACUCGCCUUGAGGACGUUCAGCAAGCUGUCCGUCAAGCAAGUCCAGUUUGAGACUGUUGCCCAUAACUUGUUCACUCGCCUUGCUACCAUUCACCCUCACUCUGCACCGCCGCUGGAGGGAGCAGAGUUCAAGGACUUUGAUCCCCAGUCAGCAUUUGUCCAGGCUCUCAAUUUCUACCGUAACACGGCCAUCACGACGACGAAACACCGAACGAAUGGCCUGGAAUACGGCAGCUAUGUGAAUACAGAAGACACUAUUGAACUUCAGAGACGCCUGAGAGACAGUGUCUGUCGCCGAAUGUAUGUUUUGGAUGUGCGACGCAUGCAGCGACUGGUUGGAGGAGACCCCAUGUCCCGUUACGAUGACCUUGCAAAGGACAGUUCACCGGUGCUCGACCAGCGCAAGUUUGAUGCCUUCAUGAAUUGUGAAGCCCCGGGCAAACCCACCUUCGAGGAGCGAAUGCGCUUAGGCCCUCUGCCUGGUGGGAAAUGGUUGACAUCUACUCAAGUCACCGACCGACUUUUCAGCCUCCUCAAGGGCAUCUCUAUUCAGAAGCCUCUACCUGCCGAUGAUGAGCUGCUCGCAUUCAAGGACUUGUCCCUUUCUGAUGCCGAGCCUGAACAAACGAGUACGGAAAAAGAGAACGCCGAGAUUCAUUCGGAACUACUCAAGGUGGCUGCGUUCAUGGCUGGAUCCAAAUCUCUAACUGCAGAACAAGCGGACGGAGCACUUGGUCGGGUGGAGGAGUGGCUGACUUCCAAGAAGAAGGACUUGACUCUCAGCGAGGCCAAGGUGUCGCCAAUGCUGGCUCGCACAACCAUUGCUGUUCAAUCAGGUACCCCCGCAGCGCCGACCUGGGAAUACCUUCAUGUGGUAUUCCAUCUUCUCGAGACAGUCAAGGCUUUGUCGCAGCUGGUGGCCUUGGCUUCUCGGAAGACAGUGAAGACCGCCAAACUCCCCAAGGAGCGAGUCGAACGGUUAUCCACUCUUGUCUCGGAAGUGUUUGAGAGUGUCCGCUCCAACACGCGAGUGCUGAAACUGCGCGUUUCUGCCUCAGGUCUUCUGAGUGUGUUGGUCGGGCUUGUCAUGGAGGGUGACUUGUCUCAGGGAUACGGAAAGGAUCUCCGUGCUCUGCUGGACAAGACGCUGGAUGUGCCAGCUCUCGAGCUGUUCUGUGGUGCAUUGAUGGAGAGCUGGGAGGAUGCACUGGACGGGGUGAUGAUGGUGAAGCUGUGA